AUGACAGGCAAAAGACGAAGAAGCUCGGGGACCACUCCCUCCGCAGCCAACGAUUUCAGCUUGCAAAAUUUGAUUCGAAGAGCUGAUCGCGGACUCGCGGGUCGACUACCGGAGCCCGGUCCUCAUGCAGACGUCUACUUCCGUAACCUCUACUCGACGGAACCUGACUUUGGGAAGCUAGGCCGCCAAGACCCAAAAUUUGGCACUCUGCUCAAACGUGGAAAUCUUGAUUUCAAUGAUCCAUGUGCCGUGAUGCAGCUCACAAAGACGCUACUCAAAGCUGACUUUGGGCUGAAUAUUGAGCUACCCGACGAUCGUUUGUGUCCACCAGUACCAAACCGCCACAAUUACCUUCUUUGGCUCAAGACCCUACUAGAUAGCACUACCUACGGUGAUCCGGAUCAGGAAAUCCUCGGGCUCGAUAUCGGCACCGGAGCAAGCUGUAUCUACCCGCUUCUGGGAUCAGCAGACAUUGACUCAAAGAGUCUGGAAUUCGCCGAAAAGAACGUAGAGUUGAAUAACCUUCAAAGUCGCAUCUCCAUCAUUGCUCGUGCACCUCGAGAUCCCAUGAUUCCUUUGGCCGCUUUGGGCACAGAGUCGCUCACCUUCGUCAUGACGAAUCCCCCAUUCUACACAUCCGAAGACGACCUCCUCAACUCGGCGAAGCAAAAGUCGCGCCCUCCUCUGACGGCAUGCACCGGCGCCCCAGUGGAGAUGGUGACAGACGGCGGCGAAGUCAAGUUCGUGUCCAAGAUCCUUGAGGAAUCACUCAUCCUGCGCGAGAGGGUCCAAUGGUACACGUCCAUGUUUGGGAAACAAUCGAGCCUCGAGGAGCUUAUCGCAACUUUGAAAGAGAAGAGCAUCGACAACUACGCAGUGACGGAAUUUGUUCAAGGUAACAAAACGAGACGGUGGGCCGUCGCGUGGAGCUUCGGUACGAUGAGGCCGUCAGAGGAGGCCGCGAGGGGGAUGAAGGCUGCAAUUUGGAAGAAGCUGCUCCCUCCGAGUGUGGAAUCUGAGGUCACUACCUUUCCGCUUGGCACAGAGAUAGGGAAGCUGCAAGACAAGAUCCAAGAGCUCAUGUCUUCAUUGGAACUGGUCUCCUGGGAAUGGGACCGUCAGAAGCUUCUCGGUAUCGGCAGGGCGCGAGAGAAUGUGUGGAGUCGCGCCUGGAGACGGAAGAAGAUGCGGGAGGAACGAGAGGGCAAGGCUGCCAUCGAGGGGUUGUCGAACUCUGAGGUAUGCAAGCUUGGUUUCGAGAUUGCGCUGGAUGUUGGACGAGAGAGAACUAUCCUGAGGUGCCGGUGGAGGGAGGGGCAUGAUCAGGCACUCUUUGACAGCUUCGGUGGUUUUCUCAAGACUCGCGUGGCCUUGUGA